CUCCGCACCGCACUCUACACCGACACGCGACCGCACUGCCUUUAACUACGCCCGACACCACCCCCAGCUAGCUCUCAGCUCACCACCAUCCCCAGGACACCACCACCAGCAGCUACAAGGGAGAGGGGCAGAACAGAGGAGAGAAGCAGCAGGGGAGCGCAGCAAUCUCGCUCUUGCGAUGGCGUCCAUCAUCGUGCAGGCGGUGGUGAUCCUCUUGGACGUCAUCGCCUUCGGCCUGGGCGUCGCCGCCGAGCAGCGCCGGAGCCGGGCCACCGUCACCCCGGACGCCGCCAAGGAGUACGACUUCUGCGUCUACGACUCCGACAUCGCCACGGGAUACGGCGUCGGCGCGCUGCUCCUGCUCGCCGCCGCCCAGGUCGUGCUCAUGACCGCCAGCCGCUGCUUCUGCUGCGGCCGCGGCCUCAAGCCCGGGGGAUCCCGCGCCUGCGCCCUCAUCCUCUUCCUCUUCACAUGGGUAACCUUCCUCAUUGCGGAGGCGUGCUUGCUGGCGGGAUCAGUCCGCAAUGCGUACCACACUCGGUACAGGGGUAUCUUCUAUGGCGAGUCCCUCUCCUGUGAGACGGUGCGCAAGGGUGUCUUUGCCGCUGGUGCGGCCUUCACCUUCUUCACAGCCAUCUUGGGCGAGGUCUACUACCUCAGCUACUCAAAGUCGCGCGAUGCCGCUGGUGGCGCACCCUACGGUGGCUCCAGCAUUGGCAUGGGCCCUUACAACUAAAAGAGGUCGCUGAAGACCGGCUGCGGUAUUUUCAGCUCGUUUCAUGGUGGAGGAAUGCAGUGUUCUUGUUAACAUUACCUUAGUAGUUACGGUGUAAUUGGUUAUUGGAUUCGCAGUUUCUUUGCUAGGUUCUUGUAUGAGGUUUCUCGGUUGGGCUGUAUACUAUUUGGAUUAUUGGGUUGGAUUCUGGACAUGGAAUACAUGUAUCGUAGUUGCUGUUCAUAUGUAUGUACUUUCAUCUCAUGGCUGUUUUAAUGUUUCCGGCUGUAGGAUGUUUAAUGUU